AUGGUCUUUAAAAGCGCUAUAUAUAUUGUUGCAGCACGUCGUACUCCAUUCGGUACAUAUGGUGGUAAAUUAAAAGAUUUUUCAGCAACACAUUUACAAGAAUUAGCUAAUCGUGCCGUUCUAAAACAAUCAAAACUAUCACCUGAAAGUAUUGAUAGUACAAUUGUUGGUAAUGUUAUGCAAUCAUCAUCAGAUGCAGCUUAUAUUGCUCGUCAUGCUGCUUUACGUGCUGGUGUACCAGUUCAUGUUCCUGCAUUAACAGUUAAUCGUCUUUGUGGAUCUGGCUUUCAAUCAAUUAUAUCUGGUGGACAAGAAAUUGAAUUAGGUGAUUCAAAUAUUGUACUUUGUGGUGGUGCUGAAAGCAUGUCACAAGCUCCAUAUGCAGUACGAAAUAUUCGAUUUGGAACAAAAUUAGGUCAAGAUUUAAAACUUGAAGAUACACUUUGGCAAGGUUUAACAGAUGAAUAUGCUAAAGUACCAAUGGGUAUCACAGCGGAAAAUUUAGCAAAAAAAUAUGGUAUUUCACGUCAAGAUGCUGAUCAAUAUGCUUUACAAUCUCAACAACGUUGGAAAAAAGCUAAUGAUCAAGGUUCUUUCAAAGAUGAAAUUGAACCAAUAAAAACGAAAGGAAAAAAAGGAGCUGAGGAAAGUUUUGAUACAGAUGAACAUCCACGUCCACAAUCAACUAUGGAAACACUUGCAAAAUUACCCGCUGUUUUUAUUAAAGAUAAAGGAACUGUUAAUGCUGGUAAUGCCAGUGGUGUAUGUGAUGGUGCUGCUGCUGUGAUUAUUGUUAGUGAAGAAGCAUUAAAAAAACAUAAUCUUCAACCAUUAGCUCGAUUAGUAGGUUAUCAUGUUAGUGGAGUUGAACCAACAAUAAUGGGUUUUGGACCAGUACCUGCUAUUGAAAAUUUAUUAAAGAAAACAAAAAAACAAGUAUCUGAUAUAGAUUUAUUUGAUAUUAACGAAGCUUUUGCACCACAAUUCCUCGCUUGUCAAAAAACUUUGAAAUUACCAAACGAUAAAACUAAUGUUAAUGGUGGUGCAAUUGCUCUUGGUCAUCCAUUAGGUGCAUCAGGUACACGUAUCACAGCAAAUCUUGUAUAUGAAUUAAUAAGACGACAAGGAAAAUAUGCUAUUGGUGCCGCUUGUAUUGGUGGUGGUCAAGGCAUUUCAUUAUUAAUCGAACGUGUUUAA